AUGGUGGAUGCCAAUGACUCUGUGCCAGUGUUAAUUAAUGGAGCUAAAGAAGAAUGUCUUAUGGUGCCAAAACAUCCUAAAAAUUCUGAUGUUGGAAAUAAAGAAUUUUGGGUCAGACCUAAAGUUCUUAUUGAUAGAGAUCAUGUAGAUAGUUUGAAGAAAGGUGAAAAUGCUUUAUUAAUUGGGAUUAAGAACCCCGAUAGUUUUUAUUUCCAAGGAGUAAGCGAGUCAAUCAACCUAAAAAUUACGGAUUAUGCCUAUGGUUUUUUGGAUCCUAAACGAAAAGCACUUAACAUCUCCUCAGAGAGCGUACGGAGCGCCUAUGAAGUUACAGAAAAUUCACACGCCAAAUAUACUAGUUUAAUAGACGAUGCUGUAUCAGAAUACUUUUCAAUAGCAAGCAGUUCAAUUUCACCAGCAGAAAUGUGCGAAUCUUACAGUUCAUAUUUCAGCCUGGAUUCGUCGACAUCAGUAACUGAAAGUGAUUACAGCAUCACUUCUGGAAGUUAUAGUAUUCCAACUGAAAGUGACAGCGAUCACAAUGAAAUGCCUGAUAUUUCGAAUUCCGUCAAAACAAGGAUUGACAAAUUAACAACAUUUGUGCCCCUUGCAGCUCAAAGCACUCCAAUUAAGAGAAAAACUGAUAUAUCAUAUCCAAAAACACUUGAGUUCCGACCGAUGAAACAAAAAACUUUUUCCGGGAAGCAAAGCAAUGGCUUUGAAAAAUACAAACACUCUUACACAAAUCUUAUGCAAAAAUUGAGGAAAUCAAAAUUUUCCGUGGAAGAGCAAAGAUAUUCACAAGUAAUUGCAGAAUUAAUGGAAAAGUUUAAAUUGGAAAAGGCAAAAAGAGAUAAAAUGAACAGCAGCGCGGAUUCAGGAUUGGAUUCAGAGACAAACAAAACUGUAGAAAAGGACCAAGGUUUCUAUAAACAAUUUGUAGCUGAAGUAACUACAAACCGUGUGCAUGUCAAUUGUCAAGGUGCUUCUACCAACAAGCAAACAAAUACUUCAUUGAAUGAAGACUCAUCAAACUUUGACGAAAGCAAAUUUUUACAUAACGCUAUUGGGGACGAAAUACAAAGAACAGAAGCAUCGGAAAACUGUCAAUAUCCUCAAGCAAUGUGCACCAUUACCAAUAUCCGUAAACGUAAAACUAGAAGGUCCAUAAAGGGCCUUUUGAAACUUUCCUGUACGUCUUCUCCCAUUUCAGAUAACAGUGUUACCGUAAAUUCUCAGGACGUUAGUAUCAGGCCAGAAUUGAUUGAAGAACCUUUUAGUCAUGUUUCAUUUGAAGACAUUACUAAUUUGGGCAUAGAGAUCUAUACUGAGGAAGGGCAAAAACAAAUUAAAAAACACAUUUAUAUUAAUAAGCAUAUUAUAGGACAAACCGAAAAAAUGCUUAAAUAUGGUUUGAAGACACCGAGAUUUAUUGGAAGUUUAGCGCAUAUGGAAGCUGAAAGGAUUUUACUUGUCUCAAAAACCAGAACGCAAGUCCUAAUCAACCAAUUGGACAGAAUACCUGAACCCAUUAACGAAGCUGUAGCUAGAGUAACCAUGGAAAAACUCAAGUUUAAGCUAAAUCUACCACAAGAAAAUCGCAACAAAAUUAAAUACUUUGUAUGCAUUCUGCAGCACAAAACAACUGUCUACAGUACCAAAUUUGCAACAGCCAACAGUCAAGGUUUAAUAGAUUUGGGCGGUUUUUUCAUUUUCCAAAACAUUAGUAACACUUUUAACAUUAAAAUUCAACUAUACAGCAUUACUUUACCGAAAAAUUCUAAAGGGUGCAUGCUAUUGCCCUUUUCACGUAGAGCCUGUAAGGUACCACUGAUGGAAUUAGUUGGGACAUUGCCCGUAAAUAUUCUAAAUAUCAAUAACGAAAGAUUUACAUUCAACAAUUCAGAGCACAAAUUGUUGGUUUCCAUUGAGGCGUCAGUCGUUUGGCCGGAACCACUCAGAGGUUUCAUGACUGUUGGUACUGGAAAAAUUGAUCAGUAUCCUACAUGGGAUAAGCGAUGGUGCGUUAUGGAAAAAGCUAUUUUAAGCUAUUAUAAUUAUCCAUCGGACGAAAGCUGCAAUUCUCCUCUUGGUACUGUAGAUUUGAAGUUGUGCAAAAGCGUCGAUGGUGAUACCGUCAAAUAUAUGGAACAAAAAACGUUGAGGUUAUUUAUCGAGAAGGAGAAUAAUCUUGAGCGAGUAUUUUUGAGUCCGGAUACUGAUUAUGAUUUAUGGUCGAAACAUUUGGAUAUUGUUUUGAAGUUAAAUAAUCAAUGGAGUAGUUUAGAGAAUUGAACAGGAUGUCAUGGAUUUUAAUUUUUGCUGUUAGCUUAAUUGUGAUUUUCCCAGUUUUCA